AUGGAUAUGCCAUCAGGACCAAAAACAGCACCAACACCCCAAACAGCAGCAACAGCAACGGCAUCACCAUCUGGAUCAUCGAAUAAAGGUCAACAAAUCAUCUCGUCACCAUCAUCGACACCAAAAUGUUAUCAUCGUCAUUGGAAUGAACUACGACAUCUUGAAUCAAUAUGGACUGAUACCAAUUUAGAUGGUGUACAAUCUCAACAAUAUCGAACAGCUAUACAAGCUGCUCAUUUAGCAAAUCGAAUGCAACACAUGCACAUUAUUCCUGAUCCUAAUGCGUGUACAAGACCACGUCUACCAAACAUUAGUUCAUCGAAUACAGUAUCGUUACAACAUGAAAUCUCAUCUGAAGAUAGAUUGAUUGAACGAUUCAAAGAUGUGAUGAACGAAUUUGUUAGUCGUCCUUAUCGUCAAUAUUCCUAUGAUACAAAUAUGCGCUGGAGUAUUGAUCAUUGUGAACAGAUAAGAUUUAGUGUUAUUGUUUCAAUAAAGAAACCUUGA